UAGCAAAACACACGGUCACCGAUGUGAAAUUGAUUUUUGCAUUUAUUUUCAUAAAAAUAGAACAUUAAGGAUGUGACAUCACCUUUUAGUAAUGGCAACUAGGAGGAGAAAUGCUUCCUCGUCAGAUAAAACGAAAACCAAAGUUUGGGGCUCCUUAACUAGCAUCUUAUGGAGUGUCUUUAGAGAAAACAGUGAUGAGGAGCAUCAUCUUCACUUCAGUAAACUCAGGGCAGCAUGCAAUGCAUUAGAUCUUUUUCCAUCCACUUCUCAAGUACAUGAGAUGUUAAUGUGUGCUAUAGAAUAUGGAAGUCCAUGCAAACCAGACCAUAUCACAUUUGGAGAGUUCUGUGUCCUAGUGGCAGAGUUGCAGAGUUAUUACAACAUCAAUCCGAAAGCACCGGUGCCUCAUAGCUUAAUAAAAGUAAGAUCUGAAUCCAAUCUGCCACGGAGAAAAAGGAGAGAAAGCCUCGCUCAUUUUCAAGUAUUUCUGGGUGGUUCAUGCAAUCCUACAAGUUGGAGAUCAGAAAUUGCUAUACCUUACUUCAAGGAUCAUGGGAUAACCUUUUACAACCCACAGGUGCAACAUUGGAAGCCAGAACUCAUGGAACUAGAGGCACAAGCUAAGCAGAUGGCAGAUUUCCUCUUCUUUGUGAUAGACACUAAAACAAGAGCUAUAUCUUCCAUGAUAGAGGUGGCUUACCUUGUUGCCACACAGAGACAAGUUGUAGUGAUUAUGUGUGAAUACAAAGAGCCCAAUAUAGAAAUAGAUGGUCAAAGAUUGUCGGACAGUGAGAUGUUAGAUUUGGUCAAAGGGAGAUUAAUCCUAACAGACCUAGUGGAGAGAAAUUCUAUACCGAUAUUCUCAGAUAUACACAAAGCUCUGAAAUGCACUCAAAAAAUACUCACACAUAGUAUGCAGGUUCAAGACCUGAAGCUGCAGGAUGGAGCUCAGCCUGUCAGACAUGGUCACCUCAAACUGGGCAGGGCUUUAUUAGAGCUGAGGGAAGCAUUUAAUUCAGUUGACAACAGUGUCCUUGGUUACCUCACCCAUAAAGAUGUGUGUUUAGCCUAUAAGAGUUGUACAGGUGAAGAUCUUGAUUCAAGAUGGUUGAAACAGAGAAGAAAAACACAAGAUGAGUUUGUGUAUGAAGAAUUUUGUGCAAUAGUUACAGAACACAAACAUCAGGCCCAGACUCCAAGUUUUCUUCAGAAGUUAUAUUCACAUAUUCUACAACCAUUUAAAUGGCUUAUAUCAAAGUUUAGCCCACCUGAGCCUGUAGAGGAGGACUAUCCAGAGGAUGAGAUCAGAGAUGUAUAUCUUGGUGGAAGUGCUGGAGAUAUACAGUGGAGGAGUGAUGUAAUUAUACCAACACUCAGGAAACAUGGUUUAUCUUUCGUGGACCCUGCUGUUCAUGACUGGGACCAAAAACUUAUUCCAAUCCAUGUUGCUUUACGAGAAAAUUGUCGUCUUUUGUUUUAUGUGAUAACUUGUGAUAGAAGAUCUCUUGGCUCAAUGUGUGAAGCGGGUUACUACAUUGGGAAAGGAUGUAGAAUGGUGAUGUGUAUUCAGAAAAUUCCAAAGGAUGCUGUGAUAGAUAAUGACAAGUUGUCUGAACAAUCCGUUAAGGACUAUAACCGUGGAAGGGACUAUUUAUGUGAUCUCGCUAGCAGAGAAGGUGUUCCAUUGUUUGAAGACAUACAAGAAGCUGCCAACUGUGUCAUAUCCUUGCUCACAGAACAGCCAUCUUCGUGCUCAUAAUUUUUUAAAUAUUUGUAAUUGUUCCAUGUUGUUUAGUACAAGUAACCUAAGGCUUUA